UACCAUACCAUUCCAAAACUAUUUCCCUCCCUCAAGGUUAUUCAGAAUUUCACUUUCCCUCUUCCCCAAAUCCAUUAACUCUAAACUCAAAACACCCACAACAAUGGCUUCUCUAACACCGUCGAAGCCAAAGCAUAGCAGCAAAUCUAACCUGCAGGAGAAUGUAAACCCUAAUACGAGCCCUAAUUUAAAAGCUUCGAGCUCUUCAGUGGUUAAAUUUGCGAUUAAAAGAUAGAGAUCUGAUAAGAUCUGUUCGCCUUCUCUGAAGAACAGGAUCAGGAAGCUAAAAUUGGUGGUUGCGAAGAAGAACUUGAAGCGAGAGAGAGAGAGAAAUAAAACCCUAGGUUCAGUCAAUUGGAAGUGUAAGGUCGGUGUUAAUUCGAGCAGGUGUUUAUGUGUUGCUUAUGAGACGCUUAGGGCUCUUCAGGAGGGGUUUUUUAAGAGUAAAAUUCAAGCUGCUAUUGUACAAGAGGAAGAUAAGGAGAUUGAGAGUGAAACCCUAAAUUCCGGGUGUCGAGUGAGGGGAAAUCCGAAGAAGAUGAAGCGGUUGAGACGUCUAAUGAGAAGAGAAGACGGGAGAAGUUACAUUACCAAAGGUGAAUGAUGAUGUUGAGAAGGAGAAAGAGGAAGAGCUGGUUGAAUAUUGGAAGAAACGAGAUUUGAAAUGGGAGUUUUCUUCCUCGUCGUUCUGUUCGUGCGUUUCUUCUCCACUACAUAGCAACCGUGGGAGGUUUGUUUCUGGUUAAUUAAAAUGAAAAUUAUUGCUUCAUUUUGAUUCCGAGUGGCUUGUUAUGCCUUAUACUUCUGCAAGCAGCAUUUGACUGCUGACUGAUUGUGGAAUUACUAACGAGAGCUGUUUAGAGGAGAUCAAGUUAUAUAUGGGCCAUGAGCAGUGAUUCAAUUAUGGCCUCAGCAGCCGCGAUGUCAUCUCAUGGUUCGCCGGAUUUGAAUAAUCAGUCCAGAAACAUUGCUGCAAGCCAGGUGGAUAAUAAUGGUGGAAGUGAGGUAGGUGGUGGGGAUGGUGGGGUGAAGUUGCGGCGAUAAACUGGCAAAAUGCUCGGUAUAAAGCAGAGUUACUAUCACACCCGCUCUACGAGCAGCUGUUGGUCAGCUCAUGUGUCUUGUUUGCGAAUUGCAACUCCUGUGGAUCAGUUGCCGAGGAUUGAUGCCCAGCUGGCUCAGUCGCAGCAUGUGGUAUCGAAGUAUUCGGGGCUUGGUGGUCAUGGUAAUGUUGGUGAUGAUAAGGAGCUAGAUCAGUUCAUGACUCAUUAGUUAUGUUGCUAUGCUCUUUUAAAGAACAAUUACAACAACACGUUCGGGUUCAUGCAAUGGAAGCUGUUAUGGCGUGUUGGGAGAUUGAGCAGUCGUUACAAAGUUUAACGGGAGUGUCACCCAGAGAAGGAACAGGUGCAACAAUGUCUGAUGAUGAUGAAGAUCAAGUAGACAGUGAUAUCAAUUUGUUUGAUGGGAGUCUUGAUGGACAUGAUAGCAUGCGGUUCGGGCCUCUUGUCCCGACUGAGAGUGAGAGAUCAUUGAUGGAGCGUGUGAGGCAAGAGCUAAAGCACGAGUUGAAACAGGGUUACAAGGAGAAGCUUGUGGACAUUAGGGAGGAGAUAUUACGUAAAAGACGGGCAGGGAAACUGCCCGGUAACACCACUUCGGUUUUAAAAUCAUGGUGGCAAUCUCAUGCCAAAUUGCCGUACCCUACGGAAGAAGAUAAGGCAAGAUUGGUACAAGAAACCGGCCUGCAGUUAAAGCAGAUAAACAAUUGGUUUAAUAAUCAGAGAAAACGAAACUGGCACAACAAUACUUCUUCAACCGUCUCGAAGAGCAAGCGUAAAAGGUAUUACAUGUUCAGAUGAUAAAAUAUCGAAUACGAAAUCAUGCCUGUUAGUAUAUUUAUAACAUGUUUCUAUCACAAACCCUAAUCAGAUAAAGAAGCAAUGCAGGUGAAAAAAGUAGUGAUCAUAACAUGUAAAUCAAGAAACUACCAUCUGAACAGAUCGAGAUGAUCUUGCAUGCAUGCAUGCAAUUGCAAGAUUCUGGAAUGGGCUGCCAUCAUGAGGAGGAAAGGAUGGAUCAAAAUGAUGUUGCAGUGGACGACACUAAGACCAUACGGUGGGGGCUUGAAAAUGGGGCGUUAUGCGACACGUGGAUGACACGUAAGCACGUGUCAAAAAUGGGGCGUGGUGCAAAAACACGAGGUGUGGGACAGGGCGUGGAAAAGCGGCGCUAUUUGACACGUGACACACUUUUAUACUUAAAAAUUAUAUAAAAUCUAUUAAAUUUAAAUAAAAAACAUUAAUAUUAAUUGCAUCAAAUCACACGCGGCCAUGUUGUCUCCCACUAUGCCCUCCACGCCGGUGGAAUUCUUGCCGCCCCUUCAACAACGCCGUUUACAACGCCGGGCCCGGUGUGGUGUGUGCGGCGUGGAAAGGCAACAACACCACCCCACCAUGCUCACACCAUGUGGUCUAAGGAUGAGAAGUUGUAGGUAUGUAAGUUUCACAAAAGCUUUGGCCCAGAUGCGUGCUAUGUUCUCAAUGAAGCUUGAUACAAGGUGGCGGAACACUACUACCAACAAACGACUCCAAUCAUUCUACUCUUUUUUGAGAUUCAAGUUUCGGUUAUGAAUUUGGGUCACAACAGGAGAUUGUUGCACACUCAAUCACGUUAUCGGUACAUGAAUCACGGGACUAUGAUUGUUGGCAGACAUUACCUGAACAGCUGAACCGGAAUGUAAGAUCAAACUCGCCUAAUGUUUGAUGGCUGACAUUACUUUUUUGGAUCUUGGAGCAUUCAAUAGUGUGGCAAAACAAUUGUUGCAAAAUGGCUGGAUAUAAUUUGCAGCACUUUCAAGAGAAAUAGUUCUUAGUUUAUGUGUAGAGUUGUUUUACCUUUGCAACUUUUAUAGAUAGUUUUUGAUUAAAAGCUUGUCUUUAGUUGGUAUCUAAAUUGAAAACUUAUGUAUGGAUUUUGGUUAUUAUUGUUAAUAUCAUUUGGUUUUAAGAUUCUCUCA